UAUAAAUGUUAGUUGCACUGUUAUAUUUGUUUUAAAAAAGUAACAGAAAUAGAAACAAUUAUUUACUGUAACAUUGCUUAACAUUUAUUUAUUGUGUUUAUAAAUGGAAGAUAGAAACGACGUUUCUCCUGGAAACGGACGUCUAGGUUUUAUUUGGAGAGAUUUUCGAGAUUACACAUCACUCCAUGGAGUAAAUUAUGUGCGACGGAAUAGUACAUAUAGAUGUCGAUGGUUGGUUUGGACAGUAAGCAUUCUUGUUGUGGUUAGUUUCAUCUGUGUUAAUGUGUUCCGGUUACACAGAAAAAGCAUGAAUUAUUCAACAAAGACGUCUAAUAAGAUUGUAAUGAUUCCAAGUGUUCCAUUUCCUGCUGUUACGAUUUGUAAUAUAUCUGAAAAUCAACUUCAAGACAUACAAGUAGAUGAUGUGAAUGACUUGGACAGUCAUCACCAUCUGGAUAAGCAUUCCGUUAUUGAAAAUAAUAAUUCUGAUAGUUCGAAUUCAUCGGACUACGAUAAAGAUGAUACACGGCAUUUGAACAAUUAUUCAUUAUCAGAUUUUUUUAUGUUUUGCUCGCAUAACAGAAAAAUGAUACAAUGUGAAAACUAUAUUGUCCCAAAGAUAACACAAUUAGGAUUGUGUUACACAUUUAACAGUUAUCAAUAUUCUCAAAAUAACGGACAGAUGUAUGUCGAAACCACUGGCACUCAAACAGCCUUGACUUUUAAUAUGAAAUUGAACCAGCACCAUUCAGAUCAAGGAGUUGGGAUUAGAAUAGUAUUACAUGAGCCUGGCGAGGAACCGGAUGUUCUAAAUAAAGGUUUUAACAUAGCAGAAGGAUUUUCCUCGUACGUUUCAAUAAGCAUGACAAAGUAUGAAUAUUUACCGUCACCCUACAGCAUAAGUGAUAACCAGCAUUGUAUUAUCACUAAAACAUCAGACUUUGUUAGUCCUCUGCAGUUUUACCCCAAAUACAGCUAUAGCGCAUGUUUAAUGGAAUGUAGAAGGAAUUUUAUUAUACAAAUCUGUACUUGUAGAAGUGUGUUUGAUCCAGGAAGUGAACCAGUUUGUACAACUUCACAGUCAAUUGGCUGUUAUAGUCAAGCCAGUCUUGAUUUUGAUAUUCAAUACAAAGCAACAAAACAAUGUAACUGUCAGCAGCCGUGUGAAUUUGUAGAAUAUCAGUACAGUAUAUCUUCUGCUAUAAGUCCCGCCAGGAUAUACUUACCAUAUUUAAGACCAGUAUAUCAGGAUCAAAAUUUUACUGGAAGGAACUACCUUGAGGUUAGACUUUUCUUUGACUCUUUGAGCUAUACAUUAGUUGAAUCGUUUCCAGAGUAUUCAAGGAUUGAAGUUAUUGGAAUACUUGGUGGCAUGAUGGCAUUAUUUUUAGGCGCUAGUUUGCUAACUUUGGCAGAGGUAGCUGAACUGUUUAUAAUGUGUUCUGUCAUUGGUUUAAAGAAUUAUGUCAAAGAUAUCAGAAGUAAAAUAGCAAAUAGACGCUGAAAUAACAAUUCAAACAUUAAGUAUUGAUGUAUUUCUGUAUUUAAAAGAUUUGUGUAAAUGCUUGAAUAAAAUUUAGUAUAUG